AAUCAGUUAACAGCGAAGUUGGUAAGUGAGAACCUGUGACCGAGUUCAGUUUUUGUGCGUGAAUUCAUACAUACAUGUUUGUUUUCAGAAGAAGUAUGUUUGCACUCGUAUUUAUGUUUUAAUAAUAAUGAAAUAUAAUAAUCGGCGCUUAAAAAUGUGAUAAUUUAAAGCAAAAUUCUUAGUGAAAGACAAAUAAUACGUCAACGGAUGCACUUCAAUAAAUAACGAUGCAAUCCAAUUGCCUUAUUUUGCUCUGGCGUCGUAAACUCAGUGGCAUUCUAAUCGUUUCAAGUCUAGUGCUGUUUGCCCUUUGGACUUGGGUAUUUUUCAUUUAUAACAGCAGAGAUGUUCAAAUAGAUGGUGAAAUUAAUCAUCUUAUACAAACUGAUAAUCCACAAAAGCACGUGUAUUUUCUGCAAAAAUUAAUCUCGCAAGCCAAUCGUAUUUUACGCUAUCAACAAAAGCAGCAGAACACUUCGUCUAGUGUCAAUCACAAGUUGCUGCAAGCACGCCGCCCAACUGGUGGCAUACCUGUGCCAGCAGCAGCGCAUACCGGCAAAAACUCCGGCAUAGUUCGCUUCGUCAAACCAACUAAAAGUCCGCCUUCAAUUGGCCUGCUAGAGACCACAGAUCAGCCACUUUUAUUGGGGUCGCGUCACAAAAAAAUUGCCGUGUUUGGUGCCAACUAUCUCUUCGAAGACGAACGUCUCAAAAUACUUGAGAACCAGCAACGUGUGCGUAACGCCGGUAUGGCGGAGAUACAGAACAGCAUGGACUAUGAACGCCUGCUUACAUCAGCUGAGCGACAGACACAAUAUGAGCAUGAAUUGUUACGAUUGGGCGUGCCAACUAUUGCGGGCAUCGGACCGAGUGGACCUCGCCCACCUAAUGAGCGCCUCGUGCAUCUAGAUUUGAAGGGUGCGCCGCCAAAGCUUUGUUUUUUAAAACGACUGUUGCCGAUGCUGAAAACAUUAGGUGCUACUGGGCUGCUAAUUGAGUACGAAGAUAUGUUUCCGUACACUGGAAUUUUACAGGCUUUACCAGCUAAAAAUGCUUAUAAGGUGGAAGAAUUGAAGGACUUUCUGACAAGCGUUGUACUGCAUGGCUUAUCUAUUAUGCCUCUGGUACAAACAUUUGGACAUAUUGAGUUCGCUUUGAAACUGCAAGAGUUCGAAAACUUGCGUGAAAUACGCGAAAUCCCACAGUCUUUAUGCCCAAGUCAAGAUGAUUCUAUCAUAUUUAUACAGAAUAUGUUGACUCAAAUUAUAGAGUUUCAUCUAAGUAUAGCCGAUGCGGUCAAGAACAGUAGCAGUACAUCAGCUGGUGAAGCAUCACCACACUCCACCGCGUUUACACAUAUCCAUAUUGGCUGUGAUGAAGUGUUGCGUAUGGGCGAGUGUAUGCGUUGUCGACAACAUAGCCGCCACGAAAUUUUUCUCACCCAUGUCACCACUAUUUCUAAUUUCGUAAGAACUCGAUGGCCUCAACUCCAGGUGGUUAUCUGGGAUGAUAUGCUACGCGACAUGAUGCUAAGCGAAAUGCAGCAUGCUCACAUUGGUAGCUACGUCGAGCCGAUGGUUUGGGUAUAUGCCAAUGAUAUUUACAGAUUCAUUCAGCCUCAAUUAUGGGACAUGUACGCAAAAGUGUUUCCAACUAUUUGGACGGCAUCUGCUUUUAAAGGCGCAUUUGGCGAGAGUUUAAUGAUACCGCCACUGCAACGUCAUUUAGAAAAUAAUCUGAGAUGGUUAGCGGUCAUUGCGAAAGAGAGUGGACGUUUCUCUAAAGGUAUUCGCGGUCUAGCAUUAACAGGAUGGCAGCGUUACGACCACUUCGCAGUGUUAUGCGAAUUGUUUCCAGUUGGUAUACCCAGCUUAAUCACCUCGCUGUCUACUGUAUCGAAAGGUUAUUUCGUUACAAAUCCAAAGGAGAACGAUAUAUUGCGCGUACUGGAGUGUGCGUUCCAUCCGGAUAGUCGGCGGUCUGGACAUCCGUGGAUAGAGCUCCACCCGAACUCACACCAUAGUCAGCUAUUCUCUGCCUGUUCAUAUCCUGGCAGCAUGGUCUAUAAAUUUGCGUUGCGUCUAUUUGAAAAGUUAUCGGAGUUGCAGAAUUAUUUGUUGCAUACACAGGACCGUAGUGCCUGGAUGUCCGAAUAUAACGUGCGUCAUAAUUUCUCCUCGCCCUCACGUGUAUACGAAGUGACUCACAAUACUCCGCUCUACAUUAAUGAGUUAAGUGCCAUGGCUAGAGAAGCAUACGAGGUUAUGUUUGAUGUGUUUGAUGAGUACACCGUCGUCGAAUUUGUUGAGCAAAAUAUUUAUCCAAUGAUUGCCAGCUUGCAAAGACAGUUGUUGGAAGGACAGAGAUUGUUACAGCGACGCGUAUGGCCACAACGUCCCCUUCCUUUUAGCGCUGAACUGGCUCAACUAAAUUUGAUUCCUGCUAAUUUAAUGAAUGCAGACAAGAUUUGCUCUAAUGAUAUCAGCUGCGAUAAUGCGUCACUUCAAUAGCUUUAUAUAUCAUUCGUAAGCGCCUCAACAAUUAUAUUGUAUAAAGAUUUUAGGAGUCAUAUUUUAUCUUGCCUAAAACACUUUUUCUAAAUAUUUCCAUUCAAUGUUCAAUGAACACACACUGUUAACAUUUUCUAAAAUGCUUUGUAAUAGUAUUGUACAAAUGCAUUUAAUUAAAAAACAAUAUUUUACUUAAUAAAAAAAUUGUACCGAGGGCUUUUACUUUUUCACUCGCUA